CAAAUCCCGUUCAUUUAUGGUCACUCUCCGUUAGCUGCCAUCCAACGCCGUUAACGGCGUCCGUUAAGUGAUGACGUGGCUGACGGAUUUGCCUAAUCAGCACUUUUUAACCCCAAAAUUGACUGACCCGACCCGCCACGUCAUUUAAACCCGCCAUGUCAGCUAAACCUAACCAAAACUCUACCCAAACCCGACCAGACCGGCUAACUAAAACCAAACCAGACCAGACCCCCAAAAUUGUUUGACUAAAACCCUAAUCAAAGACUGCCUCCAUCUCUCCCCCGUGAGGAGAGAGAGAACGGACUCCAUUAAAGCUGGAAGAAGUAGACAAAGGAGAAGGAGACUCAGACGGACAAGGCCUACCGACUUGCGUGCGAGAAUACGAUGGCUACCUCCACAACCACAAGUACGCCUCCCAGGAGAAGACUAAAUACCAACCCUCACGCUCGAAUUCUUCACGGCGGCGCUACAUCCUCUUCCGCAUCUACUCCUUGUUCUCCCUUGAAAAAGCUCAAUCUGAUGGCUCCACAACAACCCCUGCCGCAGAAGCAGCCACUCGACAGCGGAUCUAAGUUAGUUCGGGAUUGGGCGGGUCUCUCCAUGGAGCUGCUCUCCGUGAUUAUGGAGCAUCUCAGUCCCGCAGAUCGCCUGCGGAUUGCUCAGCUAGUUUGCUCCUCGUGGCGGAAGGUCUGCCGGGACCCGUACAUCUGGAGAUCUGUCGACAUCAGCCAUUAUUCCUGGGAGCGAGUUACCGAUGUGGAGGCGCUCUGCGCGCAGGGCGUCGAUCGGAGCUGCGGUGGUCUGGUUUCUCUGAGCUUGGAGUGCUUCAGCUUCGAUAAACUCCUCACUGACAUCGCUAGCAAGUAAUUCAUUCUCUGCCUCCAUUUCCUCUUUGAUUAGGGUUUUAGUCAAACAAUUUUGGGAGUCUGGUCUGGUUUGGUUUUAGUUAGCAGGUCUGGUCGGGUUUGGGUAGAGGUUUGGUUAGGUUUAGCUGACAUGGCGGGUUUAAAUGACGUGGCGGGUCGGGUCAGUCAAUUUUGGGGUUAAAAAGUGCUGAUUAGGAAAAUCCGUCAGCCACGUCAUCACUUAACGGACGUCGUUAACGGCGUUGGACGGCAGCUAACGGAGAGUGACCAUAAAUGAACGGUUUUUGUAAAG